CCCAGACCACCCUCCUCCCCUUUUGAGGAACCGUCUGCCUAAAUACAGGGAGAGCCUCCUCUUGAUCAGAAUCACUGUGUCUGGUUACUAACAGGCUGGCAGAGAAAUCAAACCCGUUUCCCCCAAAGGAUUUACUACAAAGCAAAACCUUGAGGGCAGCGAGAAAAUACCCCAAGAAAUACCCAAGGAAAGACCCAAGCCCUCAAAUACAGUCUGAGUUGGACUAACAGUACGUGAGCAGUAGACAGGCAGAGAGCCCCGUGAUUGACUGAGCUUUUGGAUCACACACACAUAUCUGCCAAGAUGUGGAAGAAGUCAAAGGUCACAGACCAGACGGCCACUGGCCAAGGAGCUGGCAUCAAGAAGAGGUCCAAGGUCCCUGGGGUCAUGAUCACGCAGUUUAUAGAGGUUCUACCAGAGGGCAAGAGCACCCCAGACUUCCUUCGCAAACCCAUCGCUCUAACCAUUCAAGAGGGUAAAUUAGCAAUUUUCAAAGCCAAUGUAUGUGGGGAUCCCAAACCAGAGGUGACUUGGGGAAGAGCUAAGGGGGAUAUGUCAGACACAGAAACAUUUCAAAAGAAAUAUGAUGAAGCUACUGGUGAAUACACUUUAGAGAUUCACAGAGUGUCUGGAGAGGAGGCAGACACUUACAAAUGCUAUGCUAUCAAUGAAUAUGGCAAGGCUAUUUGCACUGCAGCAUUGAAUGUGAUUGAGGUUGGAUUCAAGAAGAAGAAGGCCAUGGAGCAGUUAGAAGACAUAGGUUCAGUAGAUCCAGCAGAGUUCAGGAAAUUGCUUAGAAAAAGGAAGGGAGUGGACAAAGAGGAAGCUGUGAAAGAACCUGGAGAAAUCGAUGAAAGGUUCUGGGAAAUCAUCAUGAGUGCAGACAGGAAGGACUAUGAACGAAUCUGCGCUGAGUUUGGUGUCAAAGACUUCCGUGUAAUGCUGAAGAAACUCAGUGAGAAGAAAAAGGAGAGACAGGAGGAACAGGCCAAGUAUAUUGAGACCAUCAAUAACCUGAAACAUAUUGAUAUUAAAGGAGUAGGCAUUGCUUCGUUUGAGUUUGACCUUGAGCUCAAAGACCUCGCCAGUAGGAUUUUCCUCUACAAGGAUGGUGUAAUGAUUCCCUAUAGUGAUGAAGAAGAAAUGAAACACAGCUUAAAGACUGUUGGGAAGAAGUUAAUCUUCAGUGUGCGGGACCUUAAGGCAGAGGAUGCUGGGCUCUAUCAGGUGGAUGUUGAGGAGGUCAAUCUGUUCUCUACAGACUUCAAGAUUCCCACAGUGGAUUUCAUUGUCAAGAUCCAGGAGGUGAAGGCCAAAGAGAGAGAGGAUGCUAUGUUUGAGUGUGUCCUGUCACAACCCUGGCCCAGAAUCAAAUGGAUGGGCAAGAAUGCCACUCUGGAGGAGGGAGAGAAAUACACUAUAACUGUAUCAGAAGACAAGCUGAUCCACAGACUGCUAAUAAAGGACUGUAGCCAGCUGGACAAGGGUAUCUACUCUGCUGCGGCAGGAAUCAAGACAUGCAGUGCCUGGCUGAUAGUGGAAGCUGACAGCGACCCUGCUUCCCAUGGUAAAAAAAAGACCCGUAAAACAACCCAGGCUGGUGGAACAGGGUUGGAUCUGGGGAAACUGGCUCAAGAGCAGCAGGAAAAACUGGCGAAGGAAAGGCAGGAGCAGAUCGACGCUGCAAACAAGGCCAGAGCGGAGGAGGAGAGGCUUGCCCGAGAGGCACUCCUGGCACCCCCUCCUCCUGAUACUGGGGAUGGAGACAGUGGGGAAGGCGGAGACAGUGGGGAAGGCAAAGACACCGGAGAUGGAAAAAACAAUUCUAAAAGUGGAUCAAACAAAUCCAAAGAUGGUGGCAAAUCAGUUGGCAAAUCAGUUGGCGAAAUGAAAGACUCUGAAAAGGAAGGAGAUGACAAGAAGAACAAGAAAUCCACUGAUGAUUCUGACAAAGGCAAAGGAACAUCAAAUUAUGAUUUUGACCCAAACGCAAACGGGGAAGGCGAUCGAGACAGUAAGGGACGUAAGCGCCAUCCUGGUUCACUUAUACCAGACACAGUCAGUGAUGCUGAGAAGGAAAGAGAUGACAAGUACAAGAAAUCCACUGAUGUUUCGGACAAAGGCAAAGGAGCAUCAAACAAUGACAUUGACCCAAACGGGGAAGGCGAUGGAGACAGUAAGGGACGUAAGGGCCAUACUGGUCCACUUAUACCAGACACAGUCAUUGAUCCCAAUGUGAAAAGUGGGACAGGAGAAACUGAAGAGUACAUUGAUGCGGCUGGCAUGCAUUCAGUGCGCACAAGGCAAGGCCCACUGCUGAAAGACACAGUGAUUGAUCCCAAUGGGCAAAGUGGUACAGGAGAAACUGAGGAGUACACUGAUGCAUCUGGCAAGCAUUCAGAGCGCACAAGGCAAGGCCCACUGCUGAAGGACACAGUGAUUGAUCCCAAUGCUCAAAGUGGUACAGGAGAAACUGAGCAGUACACUGAUGUGUCUGGCAAGCGUUCAGAGCGCACAAGGCAAGGCCCACUGCUGAAGGACACAGUGAUUGAUCCAGGAGUUCAGUUCGUAAGCGGGUUGUCAAAUGUCCAUGCCCUCAUUGGCCAGCCUGCAGAACUGAUGUGUAAGCUGAGCAAUGAUAAUUGUGAAGGGACCUGGUACAGAAAUAGCAAGAAGUUGACAGCAGAUGAUGGACACAUAAUGUCCAGAGAUGGUGCAAACCACAAGCUGGUCAUCAACCGUUGUCAGGAGGAAGACUCUGGAAAAUACCGCUUUGAGGCAGACGGGCGUAAAACUGAGGCAAUGCUGAAUGUGGAAGACCCUCCCAGGUUUGACCCUGAUGAUCUGUCUGCGUUCUCUCAGCCGGUCAUAGUCAAAGUGGGGAAUAGCACCACUUUCAAACUGCCCUUUGUGGGCCGCGAGCCCAUGAAGAUCCAGUGGUACAGAAAAGGAGAGGAGCUCCUGGACGAUAACACCACCAAGAUAGAGAAGUCCUUCACCCAAAGCCGCCUGCUCCUCAGCAAGUGCCAGCGCAAAGACACUGGAGAGAUCAAGAUCAAGCUCAAGAACGAACAUGGUACCAUGGAGGCUAUCUCAAGACUCAUUGUCCUCGACAAACCCACUGCGCCCCAGGGCCCUGUGGAGGUCCUCGAAAGCACAGCCUCUUGUAUUCAUAUCAAAUGGAGAGCUCCAAAGGACGACGGUGGCUGCCCAGUAAUAAACUACAACCUGGAGCGCCAGCAAGUUGGCCGCAACACUUGGAAGAAGCUGGGGGACAUCCCUGGCGUGCCCGAAUACAAGGAUAACGACGUGGAACACGGCAGGAAGUAUUGCUAUCGUAUCAGGGUGGUCACCGAGGAGGGCGUCAGUGAGAUGAUGGAGACUGAUGACCUCACGGCUGGCACCUUGGCCUUUCCUAGCAGCCCUGCCCCACCAAAAGUGGCUAGUGCUUUUAACAACUGCAUCAACCUGACAUGGUCUACCCCGACCGACACUGGCGAGUCUCGCAUCCUGGGCUACAACUUGGAAAAACGCAAGAAGGGGAGUAAUCUUUGGAGUCCUGUCAACCCUACAGAUGAGCCUAUCCAAGAAAAGAAACGUGCAGUGACAGAUGUUGUAGCAGGGAACGAAUAUGAGUUCAGAGUUUAUGCUAUCAAUGUCUCUGGACUCAGCGAGCCCAGUUCCCCUUCAGAGUUUAUUUUCGCAAAAGACCCAAAGAAUCCCCCAGGGAAAGUGGAAGAUCUGAAGGUGGCAGACACAUCCUACACCGCCCUCUCCCUGUCCUGGAACAAACCCACAGAGGAAGUGGGGGUCCAGGAUGAGGCCAAAGGGUAUUUUAUAGAGGUCAGGCAGGCUGAGUGCAUAGACUGGACCCGCUGUAAUGUCACCCCCAUCAUCUUGACCACCUUCACUGUGAAAAGCCUGAAGGCCAUGGCCAUGUACUGGAUCAGGGUGAUUGCUAUCAAUGACGGAGGAGAAGGAGUGCCUCAGGAUCUGGACAACUACAUCCUGGCCAUGCCUCCACCUGUGAGACCAUGCUUCACCGAUAAUAAGAUGAAGAGUUUCAUGGUGGUGAGAGCUGGAAAUUCUGUCAGGAUCCUCUUAAACUUUGAGGCAUCCCCAUGGCCAGAAGUCACGUGGCUGAAGGACGAUGUUCCUUUGCUGAAGCGGGUCAAUAUCUCCAACUCUGAAUCGUCAUCUCAACUUCUGAUCACUUCCUCUGAGCGCUCUGAUUCAGGGAUCUACACCAUAGUGGUCAAAAAUCUAGUGGGCCAGGAGAGCUUCAGCGUGGAGGUCAGGGUUACAGAUGAUCCCAAGCCUCCAGGACCAGUAGAACUUGAGGAGAACGUCCCAGGCACUGUGACUGUGAUUUGGGAGCCAUCCCCUGAUGAGAAGCGUGACGACCACCUUCACUACUCUGUGUCUAAACGGGACUCCACCAAAGGCUCAUGGAGCACGGUGGCUGACCGGCUCUUCAACAACAAGUUCACGGCUUGUAACAUUAUGCCUGGCAGGGAGUACCACUUCAGGGUCUACGCCAAGAAUGACAUGGGCAUGUCUGCUCCGUCUGAGUCUCCCACUUGGGGAAGCGAGAGGAGGAAAGACACAUUUGUGGUAAACAUGCCAGCCUACAAAACGUGUGAUUUGCGGACCGCUCCAGCCUUCCUUGUGCCACUGAGACAGCACACAGCACCCAAAGGCUACGAGUGCUAUAUGAGCUGUGCCAUAAAGGGAAAUCCCAAGCCUCGCGUCACUUGGUACCGCAACAACAUCAGCCUCAACACUAACACCAACUACUUGAUCACGAACAUCUGUGGUGUCUGCUCCUUGCUGAUACUCCGUGUGACCCCCAAAGACUGGGGCGAGUACAACAUCCAAAUAGAAAGUGCCCUGGGGAGGGCCGAGUCCUCCACCAAACUCACAGUCAGAGAAUGAAGAAACAUUUUGCAGUGCUUCAGUAUGUAGAGGCGUUAUUAUGUAUCAAGGUGGAAAAUGUCAAUUUUGUUAUAUGAUUGAAUUAAGUUAUUUUCCAAAAUGCAUGACUGUACUGCUUGUAAGACAUGCACUGUGUUUGUUAAGGCUAGUAAGUAAAAAUGACAAGAGUGAUCGUUUUUGAUCAUUAUGUUUGAUGUGGAUAUUUCACGACCUAAAAGGACCCGAAUCGAGAUGGCAUUGACCCAUCCUGGGAGUUGGGGUUUCCUAGACUUAAAUUAAUUCUGAUCCUAAAUCACUUUAUUACCAAAACCCUCUCCAAUUUUGUUGCAAUGUUAAACAUACUAAUUUCAUGCUGAAUAAUGUUGACAUUCCGAAUAAAAACAUACUAGAAAGUGACCGAAAGUGUACACACACACACACACACACAUACAGAAAGUGUUGUGUAAAGCCUGUGGAAGGGAUGGCAAUAGACAUGAAUGCAGUGGACAGAUUACUGUAGGUCCCAUGAAAUACUAAAUAUGACCACAGAAAAUAACUGAGCUGUGCUGUCAAUUCUUUUGAGAACUCAACUAUGUCACUUGUAACAUGCAAUGCAAAUAAAGGGUUUGGCAAA